AUGGCGCAGGUCAUCCCCUCAAUCACCUCACUACCGGUGGAUUCGGGUGCUGCACCGUCAGUGGAAGACAUCCAAGACCGCCUCCCAUCCAUCUGCGUCGACUACCUCUCGCACAACUGGACAGAGGAGGAUGUUUGGGCGUCCUGGCGCAACAUGACCCGGCACAAGCACGAGAUUGCCAACGGUGUCCGUCUGGAGAAUGCGUCGUGGCGUACAUGGAACAAGCAGCGCAACAAGCUCCGUACCAUCAGCCCCGAGACUCUCAACUGGCUCAAGGACUCGGAUGUCACCUGGUUGUAUGGUCCCUUGCACACUGCCAAAGUCGAACCCGUCCGCCCACUCAGGAUCUCUACUGCACAGGAGCGCUUGGGCAUUGAUGGUGUGCCCUCGUCGGGCAAGCCCGGCAUCCUCAAGCACCGGACACUUACAGAGCUUCUCGCCAUGCCCGGUCAGUCGUCGCCGGUUCUCGAGGCCGAAAGGCCAGAGGACGGCGACGAUGUGAUUCUUGCCGAUGUCUCGACUCGUGCUCAGAUCCCGCACACCAAGUCGGACACACACCUCGCACGCUCCAACUCGAUGCCCGUUCGCAGGCGGUCGCCCUCGGCGUCGCUUCGCAGGAAUGCCAACCAGUCCCAGGAGCGCUCGCCCGACAGCGUCAACACCAUCAGCAACAAGCGUCACAUUAGCUUUAACACGUUUGUCGAGCAGGUCAUUGCCCUCGACGAGCCCGUCAUCCACCGCACAUCGGAAGACUCGGACUCGUCGGACGAUGUCCUCGAGAUGCGUCUGUCCCGCUACUCGAGCCACGGCAGCCACAACAGCCGCACGUCAUCCAUGAUGUCCCGCACCUCGAGCUCGUCGACCAUUGCAAAGAUCCCUCCUGGCAUGCUCAAGACUGCGGGCAACUACGCCAACAACCCCACGUUGCCCAAGCUGGUGUAUAUGCCCAUGGGCGAGUAUCGUACCCCACCGAUCGAGCAGCCUCCUGCCGUCACAUCGCCAUUCCAGCUGGCGUCCCCCGUCACUGUCAACUCGGCUGGACGGCGGUGGAGCGCAGUGUCACAGGACGACGACUUCAACAAUGGCUUCGACUACUUUGGCGGACCCGACCUCACGGGUGCCAGCCCCGUCGCGGUUCCCAGCCCACAGACUUCUACGUUUGCCCGCGCGCCCGCGGUCAACCCACCUCCUGCCCAGCCGAAGUGGCGCCAGGCCCAGACCGGCGACGUGUCUACCGGUGUCGGCGUCGGCAACAGCCCCUCGAGCAGCUCGUCCUCUUCGUCCCUCAACGCAGUCGUCUCGCCCCAGCCCGGCCGCAGUAUUCUCAAGGUUCGCGCCGCCAACAACAACCCCGCACCAGAGCCAGUGUCGCCUCCUGCCGUCUUCAACUACAACCCCUCGGUUGCAACCGGUAUCGGAGGCAUGUUUGGCGGCUAUGAGGGCGCAGCGCAGGCCGGCUUGGCCAUCGGCUCGCCCCCUACCGACGACCGGGAGGAGCGCGGCCGCUCCUCGAGCAGCUCGGAGGAGCGUGGUCGUUCGACGUCGCGCGGCUACGGCUCGUCGCAGGUCUUCCGUUCGGCGUCGCGCAACUCGUCGUCUAGCUCGGUGGGCUCGGUCUCGCGCUCGCCCGUCGACACUGGCGUGACCGUCGUCAAGGCGCGCGUCCAGAGCCAGCCUCAGCUCGACAAGGUCCAGGAGGGUACUCCUUGGGCACCAGCUCCCACCGGCGGCGAGCCCAUGGACGUAGACUACUCGCCCGAGCGCUCGUUGACGCCCACCCCACACUCGUCCCCUCAGAUCGUGUUUCGGCCGCUGAAAGACACGUCUCCCGCCUCCUUACCCCACACCUCUAGCCGCCACGCUCUCAUCAAGUCGGUCGCUGGCGCACCUCAACAACAACAACAACAACCCCCUGUGACUGCGUCCCCUACCGACCUCGCUUCGGCAGUGGCCCAGGGCCAAUUCGUAGCCCCGUCCGCCACAGCCGUCGCGCCAGCAGACGUCGAUGCCGACGGCGACGUCACCCCCGCCGAGUCUUCAGAAUCGCCUCAGCCGGCAGACGACGAAGACGGCUCGACGCUCAUCGGCCGCGCGACCAACAUUGCCAACACCGCCAAGGACCUCCUUGGUGCACUGUGGUAUGGCGCGCAGGACGAUGCAGCACGUCCCCGCCAGCCGACACCGCGGCGUCACCAGCGCGGCGCGUCGCUUGGUUAG